AUGACCUCGCGCAGGUCCCUGGGCGGCGGCCGCGUCCUCGGCAGCGGGAGGAACCUGUCGCCCGCCGCUGCACCUCUGCAGCCUGCAGCCGCCCACCGCCGCAACGCGAGCCUGCUCUCGCCCUCUGAGAGCUCCGUCUCGCUCAACUCGCAGGCCUCCAACAGCCCCGCCAGCACCGCAGAGACGCGCGAGGAUAUCGGCAGCAAGGUCCUGGUGGGUCCGAGCGAGAAUGCCGCGGCGAGUGCCUCCAGCAGACUCGUGUGCCCGAUAUGCAAUGAGGAAAUGAACCUGGUCGUGGAGGAGCAGGAUGAGGUCAAGAACUGGUUCGAGGCCCAGAUGCACAAGGCCAAGAAGUUCCAGCCGCUCGCCGUGCUCAACCAGAAGCUGAAGGGACUCGACGUCUUCGAAUCCAACGACGUCCCUACGCCACCCCAGAUCUCCCACUCCGCGAGCAGUUCGACCGCCCACGUUCCCCACGAACCCGCACCCGUCCGCCGAGACCCCGAGGAGGAAGUCACGCGAUCACAUUGGCAGAGGCCCGGCUACCGCGAUGUCUGCUCAGACCCCAUGUGCGCGAGGCCCGUCACAGCAUCACAAAUGGCGUUAGGCGGGAGUCAGCCAGCAGUCAACUGCAGACAGUGUGGCAGGCUGUUCUGCGAGGAACACACCAUGUACCAGAUGAAGCUCUCGCGGCAGGCCAAGCACGAUCCUGUCCGAGGCGUCUGGUGUCGCGUGUGCGAGACAUGCUACAAGUCGAGAGACGGGUACAACGAUCACCACGGCUUCGAGCGCGACCACUUCGACGAAUUCGCCAAGAUCAGACGGAAACGGGUAGACAGAGAGCGCAUGGAAGUCAGCCGGCUCGAGAAGCGUCUUACCAAGCUGACGCAACUUCUCGCAAACCCGCCUCUGAUAGAAGAAACGCAGACUGCAGGGAGCUGGUUCUCGCUACCGGGUGUGAAGAAUCAACGCAAGACUCUGGAGCAAUCAAUAAUCACGUGGGAGGAAGACGCCAAGGUUCCCAACUGUCCCUUCUGUCAGCAGGAGUUCUCGACAUACACAUUCAGAAGAUCACAUUGUCGCAUGUGCGGACGCGUCGUGUGCAGCGACCCCAAGACUGGCUGCUCCUCGGAGAUAGGUCUUAACGUUGCUAGCACGCAGACGACUGAAAAAGAUGCUGCGCAGAUGAGUGUUGACGUGCGCAUGUGCAAAGACUGCCAGCACACGUUGUUCGCUAGAGGCGACUUCGAGCGCGAGCUAGCCGACAAGCCAAAGGACCAGCGUGCAUACGAGAACCUUGCGCAAUUCGAACGUGGCAUCCGAUUACUCCUUCCACGAUUCCACAAGCUCCUGCAGGCCUUGCAAGACCCAGACAAGUCACCCACGCCGCAGCAGUUGACUGACGCGACCAAAGUGCGCAAACGAUUAAUGGACGGGUUUGCACAGUUCGAUGUCGCAGCGAAACGAAUACGCGACCUUCCCACUGAUUCGCCGACACAGCAGAAGCUACAAAGAGCGGUAUAUCAGCAAGCGUACAGCUUCUUGAGCUUACACAUGCUACCGCUCAGAGCGUUACCAAAGAUUCUCAAGCAUGCAGCCCCGCAAGGUCGACCAAACGGAGUCGGCGCCCUUGCCUCUAUCAAGUACAACGACCGCUCCACGGGUAGUGUCGUGAGUAGUAGCGAAGUCUCCGCAAUGGAAUCAGAAGAGAAAGAACUCAAAGAACGAUUGAUCGUUCUUGAGGAACAGAAGUUCAUAGUAUCUGAAAUGGUCGCUGAUGCCACCAAACACCGAAGAUUCGACGAAGUAUCCAGUUUGGCGCAGAAUGUGGAAGACUUGAACAAAGAGAUCGACCAGAUUAAUGGCCAGCUGGGACAACUAGACUUUGCCAGUGCUUACCAGGGUGGCAUGGCUAGCCCACAACCUGGAUGA